AUGACUAUUUCAACGGGGGCAAUCCAUGGGUCACUUGAUCUACCAGAUGAGAAGAACCCCGUUAAGUUUUCUUCUUACCAGCAAAAAAAGGCACUAAUUGUUGCUGCAGGCGUCGCCUUCAUCGUCAACAGCGCUCUCGGCUCAUCCUUGCCUUCAGGAGCUAUAGAUGAUAUCGCCAAAGCUUUUUCAGUAGCAAAUCCGCUUAUGCUUGUCUUGCUCAAUUCCAUCUACAUGUUGGGUUUUGCAAUUGGUCCACUCAUAUUCGGGCCUCUGAGUGAGCACGUUGGGCGACGCUUCGUCCUUAUCGGCACGUAUGUAGCUUACAUGAUCUUCACGCUAUGCUGCGCCGUAAGCCCCAAUUACGAAUCAUUGUUGGUCUUCCGUCUGCUCUGUGGUAUUGCGGCCGCUGCUCCAAACGCCGUGGCUGGGCCAGUUUUUGCCGAUAUCUACAAUCACCCAGGGCCGAGAGGCAGGGUGACGGCAUAUUUCUUGUGUGCAACCUCUAUGAUACCUCCCUUCGGACCCAUAAUAUCUGGUUACUCGACUGCAGUCUCCUGGAGAUUGACCUUCUGGGUCGGCUUAAGUAUUGCUGGUCUUUUCUUACCCCUAGUGCUUUGUCUCCCUGAAACCUACACUCCUGUGAUCAGGCAACGGGAAUUUGGUGGUUCGUCAAAUGGCGAAAAUGUGCCCAGUCCCGAAGAAAAACGCAAGAGACUUUGGAAAGAAUUAAAGACAGUCUUUGCAAGACCAUUCGUCAUGAUUACUAGGGAGCCUGUUGUUCUAUUCUCAUCCUUAUAUCUAGCACUGGUUUACUCAACGCUCUAUCUCUUUUUCCAAGCCUAUCCCAUUAUCUUCCAGGGUGUCUAUGGUCUGACGUACGGCCAGGUUGGCUUGACAUUCCUUCCAGUGUCGGCAGGUUCGGUCCUGGCUUUAGUUUUAUUUCUGUUGUAUAGUUCCUAUCAUUCUUCUGCCUUGCGUAACGGUGCGACAUGGGCGUCCAAGAUUGAGUAUCGCCGACUACCACUGGCGUGCAUAGGCGGCCCGAUGUAG